AUGGAAUCAAUCUCUAUGAUGGGAAGUCCUAAGAACCUCAAUGAAACUUUUCUACCAAAUGUUGCCAAUGGCAUCAAGGAUGCCAGUAAGAUCACAAUAGGCAUCAUUGGAAGUGGAGACUUUGCCAAGUCAUUGACAAUUAGGCUUAUCAGAUGCGGGUACCACGUGGUUGUAGGAAGCAGAAACCCUAAACUUGCUGCCGAGUUCUUUCCCCAUGUGGUUGACGUCACUCACCAUGAAGAUGCAGUAGCAAAAACAAACAUCAUUUUUGUAGCCAUACACAGAGAACAUUAUGCCUCUUUGUGGGACCUCAAGCAUUUACUCGCUGGUAAAAUUCUAAUUGAUGUCAGCAAUAAUACAAGAGUAGACCAAUAUCCGGACUCCAAUGCAGAGUAUUUGGCAUCACUUUUCCCAGAUUCCCUGAUUGUCAAAGGAUUCAAUGUCGUUUCAGCUUGGUCACUGCAGUUAGGACCAAAGGAUGCCAGCAGACAGGUCUAUAUAUGCAGUAACAAUGUUCAGGCUCGCCAUCAAGUUAUUGAGCUUGCCCGUCAGCUCAGUUUUAUUCCUAUUGAUUUGGGGGCAUUGUCAUCUUCAAGGGAGAUUGAAAACUUACCUCUGCGACUGUUCACGCUGUGGAAGGGGCCUGUAGUGAUUGCCAUUAGCCUGGCAACAUUUUUCUUCAUCUAUUCCUUCGUCAGAGAUGUAAUCCAUCCAUACGUGAGAAAUCAGCAGAGUGACUUUUACAAGAUCCCCAUUGAGAUCGUGAACAAGACUCUACCAAUCGUUGCUAUCACUUUACUUUCUCUAGUGUAUUUAUCAGGACUUAUUGCAGCUGCUUAUCAGCUUUACUAUGGUACUAAGUAUAGGCGAUUUCCACCUUGGCUGGACAACUGGCUCCAGUGUCGAAAGCAGCUUGGACUGCUCAGUUUUUUCUUUGCAACAGUGCAUGUGGCAUACAGCCUGUGCUUACCUAUGAGGAGGUCGGAGCGAUACUUGUUCCUCAAUAUGGCAUAUCAACAGGUUCAUGCAAAUGUUGAGAAUUCUUGGAAUGAGGAAGAAGUGUGGCGAAUUGAAAUGUAUAUCUCCUUUGGAAUAAUGAGUCUUGGAUUGCUUUCUUUGCUGGCAGUAACUUCCAUCCCUUCAGUAAACAGUGCCUUAAACUGGAGGGAGUUCAGUUUUAUUCAGUCUACACUUGGAUAUGUUGCUCUGCUCAUAAGUACUUUCCAUGUACUGAUUUAUGGAUGGAAAAGAGCUUUUGAAGAAGAGUAUUACAGAUUUUAUACACCACCAAAUUUUGUUCUUGCCCUUGUUCUGCCUUCCAUUGUAAUUCUAGGUAAGAUCAUUUUACUUUUGCCAUGUGUAAGUAGGAGACUGAGGAGAAUUCGAAGAGGAUGGGAGAAGAGCCAUGUUGUUAUAGAAGCAGCAAGUGGGUCUGUUCCACAUCUCUCCCCAGAAAGGAUAACUGUGAUGUGAUGAUAGACUAAUAUUUGUUAGCAC